AUGAAAUUAUUGAAUGAAAUGAAUCUUAUAAUUUUAAUAUAUAAGAUUCUGUAUAUUAAAUAUACAAAAAAUAAAUAUAUAUUCACUUUAAAUGAAGAAAAUUAUAAAAAGAAAAAAAGAACGUAUUGGUAUAAAAAUUGCACCUUUACGUAUUUAUUAAUAAUUAUAGUUUCAAUUUCAUUGAUAAAAUUUAUGACUUUAUAUGAGAAUAGAAUAAUAUCAUCCUUGCACUUUAAUAAUAAAUAUGCAAGAAUAUUAGAUGAGCAUGAAAAUGAUUAUUAUAGUAGAGUAAAAAGUAAAAAUCCUAAAAAUAAUAUAAGAACUAAAAAAGAUGAUGAAUCAAGGAACCGCUAUAAUAAUAUUAAUAUAAAUGUAAAUGAUAUAGGUAAUGAACAAAUGUCAAAGAAUAAUAUAUAUUUUCAUAAUAAUCCUAAUGAUUCAGGAUAUAUAUCAAUGAAUGUGUCUAAUGAAUCAUUAAAUUUAAACUACAAUGAUAAUACCAAUUCAUUAACCAAAGAACAAUUAUUUGAGAUUAUCAAUUCAUUAAAAGAAGUUCCGUCAGAUGAAGAUCUUGAGAAUAUAUGGAAACAUGCAAUAUGUGUUGCAAAGGAAGGUUUAGGACGUAUGAUAAAAAAGUUAUAUUUUUAUCUUGAUAGUUAUAUGGAUGAAUAUGAAGAAAUGCAAAAACAAAAGUGUUUUUGUUUUAGAAAGGAGAUAUCAGAAGAUUUUAUGGACGAAAUUAAUGAAACAUUAUUAUCACAUGAAAAAUCAUAUACUUAUAAAUUUUAUAAAUUACUUAGAAAAAGAAGAACAGUUGAAAAAUUAAAAAAAUUUAUUUUUACAUUUAUUGAUAAAAUGGAAAAAUUAAUAAACUAUCUCUAUCAUAAACAUAAAGGUAUAUAUAUAAUGAAGGUUCUAAAACUACAUAGACUUGUAUGA